AUGUCGAAACAUCCAAAGACUCAAGAAAGAUAUCGAAAAAGGGCAUCAAACCAAAUAUCGGAUGCUUCGGAUAAAGAGGCUCAAAUUGAAUCACCAAAACAAGCUCUUCGACGAAAAAAAUCUUGCACUGAUAUCCCAUGUUGUAUCCUGUUUCUUAUAUUUAUCAUCUGUUUUAUUGUCUUGAGUAUUUUUGCUUUCAAAGAAGGCGAUCCAAGACAAUUAUUAUAUCCAACUGAUAGUGAAGGUAAUAUUUGUGGUACGGGGGAAUAUGCCAAUCGACCAUAUGUUUAUUUCUUUGAUUGGACAAAAUGUAUAAAGUUACUUAAUGUACCUACUAGUGUUUUACAAGAUCGUCCGUUUGUUUGUCCUACAAAACAAGUUUGUGUUCAACAAUGUCCAAAUAGAACAUCUUAUUAUAAAUUUGAAGAUUAUAAUGUGAAUAGAAUUUGUACAUAUGAUGUAACUCAAUAUGACAAUGAUAAUGAACAACUAGUUAGAGAUGGAAAGUGUGCAUCAUAUAUAAUAGCUAGUAAACCAUUGUUUGGUCGAUGUGUUCCUCAACAAAUAGAUAGUUUAACUAAUUCUAUAAUUCAGGCACCCAAUGGUAAUGAAGUUAAUGCUACUGUUUAUGAUUCAAAUGGACAACCAUUAAAUGGAUCGAAACUCGAAGAGGGUGUUAAAUAUCUUGUUGAUUUACUUAAUUUAAAACAAAUAGC